AUGCACAAACAACAAUUGACCGAGCUCAUCGGUUCUCCUCAGGUCUUUUCAGUUUCUUAUUUGGUCGUCAUUCAGGCCUCAAGAACAACAUCUGCCACUCGCUGGACCGCGGUGCUUUGGCCUCUCUUCAGACGUCAGUCCACCGCCGUCAAGCAUCGCCAACACAAUGAAUCUGGAGGCUCCAAAUCCCACGCUUAUCUCCAAAUCCCUGCGCAGUCCACACCCAACAAGCCCAAUCCACUCACGGGAAUCCCAACCAGUCACUGCCUCCACUCGGUCACGUAA